UUCUUCUUCUUCUUCUCCGUGUCCAAAUUUUUCUUCUUCUUCUUUAUAAAAACGAAUCACUAAUCAAUAAUUAAAUUCCUUAAUCCUUCUUAUUCUUCUUCUUCUUAAUCUUUCUUUUCAGUUAGUUUUUUUUACAGAGCAUGUUGCACAGAAGCUUCAAACCUGCAAAGUGCAAAACGGCAUUGAAGCUUGCCGUUUCGAGGAUAAAGCUAUUGAGGAAUAAGAGACAAACACAGAUUAAUCUAUUGAAGAGAGAAUUGGCGAAAUUGCUUGAGAAUGGUCAAGAUCAAACUGCUAGAAUUCGGGUUGAACAUGUUGUGAGGGAGGAGAAGACGAUGGCAGCAUAUGAGCUUGUUGAGAUAUACUGUGAACUUAUCGCAGCUCGCUUGCCCAUGAUUGAAGCACAGAAAAAUUGCCCUAUCGAUUUGAAGGAAGCAAUUGCUACCGUAAUAUUUGCAACUCCAAGAUGUUCAGACAUACCUGAGCUCGCAGAUGUGAAGAAGCAUAUGACUUCAAAGUAUGGAAAAGAAUUUACCUCAGCAGCACUUGAACUGCGCCCUGACUGUGGUGUAAAUCGCUUGUUGGUUGAGAAAUUAUCUGCCAAAGCACCCGAUGGUCCAACGAAGAUAAAAAUACUGACUGCAAUAGCUGAGGAGCAUAAUAUCGAUUGGGAACCCAAGUCAUUUGGAGAUAAUGAUACAAAGGCUUCUCAUGACUUGCUGGAUGGGCCAAGUACUCUUCAGAAGCCUGCUUACGAGGAACCUUUUCAAGCCCAUGUUCCACCACCUGUUCAUGUUGAAGCGCGUCCUCCUAGUUCACAUGCUACCUCACAACCUAAACCAAUGCAUGAUGCAUAUACAAGUUCAUACGAGCAGAGUGCAAAUGCUGCUGCUAGAAAUGCUAAUAACUCUACAACAUCAGGCAUGCCUAUUACUGAAACCAGAUCUUCAGGAGGUGGAAGUCAAGAAAUGGAUUUUAGAGAUUCGUAUUCUGAAAACAGAAGUUCAUUUCCUACUGGUCGGCAGAAUUGGAAUAUGGAAUUCAAGGAUGCUGCCUCUGCUGCACAGGCUGCUGCAGAAUCUGCUGAUCGUGCAACCAUGGCUGCAAGAGCAGCUGCAGAAUUUUCAAAUCGUGAAAACAUGAAAAGGCAGCAUUCAAGUGGAUCACAUAGCUCUCCUGGAAGAGGGUCACGAGAUGAAGCACCUACAGACUCUUCUGGUUUUGUUAAUAGCCCCAUCCGUAAAAGCAGUUCAGGGAUUCACAAUGAACAAAUCAUUACCGGAGAACAAGAUAAUCUGGGUGGAAGGUCCAAUGAAAAUUACAGUAAUAGUCAUCAGAAUGUGGUGAAAGAUUCCCGGCCAGCUUCAACAAUUGGUGGUUCUGUUGGUGAUGAUAAUCCAUUUGCCCAUGGUUCUCCAAUGGCUGAUACAGAUCACCAUGAUACCUUUUUUAAACAAGAGAGUAGCAACUUAUAUGCGAUGAGUAUGAAAAAGCAAGCAAGUAGAGCUAAAGAAGAUUUUGACACUGAACAUGCUGACGUUGAGAGGAAUACUGAAAACAGUUAUCACUUUGAAGAUGCAAGCACAAAUAGACAAUCUGGGCAUUCUUCCUCUUCUCAUCCCUUUAUUCCAAGUAAUGAUCCCGACGAUAAUUUGAACUCGUAUGAAUGGACAACUGGGAACAAGGCCGCAGAAGACCUUUUUGUUACUGAAGUAAGCACACAGGAACCAACUUCAUACAAUCAUACUUCUGUUGUAUUUGAUGAUUCCGAAUCAGAUGAUGGUGAUUAUAAAUUUGAUGAUGAUAAGAAAUACAAUAGUGGUGGAUCUGGAUUGUUGUUCUCAUCUCCUAGUAGCAAAUCCCAAGUUGAUCCAUUUGAAAAUACAAAUUCUUGGAACAGUGGAAAAAACACUGAUGUGAAAGAAACGAGUUCUGGUACACAAUCGCAUUUUUCCGUUUCUGAAAAUUUUAUGACGUCUGAAGUUUCUUUUGACAAAGACCCACUGCCUGCCACUUUUGAUGAUUCAGAUGACCCAGGCUCAGAUAGUGAGACAGAUCUUGUUAAGUCUAGAGUUUCUAGGACCUUUGAUGAUGGAAGUUCUGUCCUUGAUCAGAUUGCAAACCAUGGGACUCUAGGGUCCUCAUCAGGAAAAGUUAAGAAUCUUGGUACUGACAGAAAUUCUUGGUCGUCACCAUCUUCAGUUGGUUCAGAUUAUGUGGAAGAGCAUUCUGUGAAAAAGGUAGAUGUCACUAAUACGUCAGAAAAAAGUUAUGGUUAUAAUGACUUGCCAACUAGUGAGCCAUCUUCAACAGCAAGAAACUCUAAUUUGCAUUUGAAUUCCAAGGCAGAUAUCCAUACAUUGCAGCCACCUAAUAAUUUUGAUGAUGCUGAAACUUCGGAUAAAUCUCACAUAGAUAGUGGUAUGGAAUUAAGCUAUGGAACGCUGAAGGGUGGUUUUCGCAAUAAAGGUUAUAUUCGACCACCUUAUAUUAAAAAUACAUCAGAUGAUGUUUCAACUUCAUUAGGAAACAUUUCAAUCAAGAAUGAAAGAUUGCCUACAGUAAGGACUUCAACCAAUUUUGAUGCUCCUGUUCAUGACAAAUAUACAACCGAAAGUGGAGGAAAUAGAAAUGUCGGCUCGAAAGCACACAAUAAAUCUUCUGAUUCUGAUAGUUAUGAUCUGGUUGCAGACUCACAAGAGUCCAUUAGCAUUCAUGAACCUCGCAUUAAGAAUGAGCUGAGUGACGCAAAAAAGAAAUCAAGUUCACGGACCUCGAUUCCCUUCUUUGAUUCUGAUGAUAGUGAAUCUGAGGCUGUGCGUCAUAAACAGAGUUCAGCUAGUGUUGCGCGUCCUGUUAGUAGAGUAUCUCGAAGAACAUCAGCUUCUCCAAAAACCGGUACAGUUUUAAGCUCUGAUCACGCUCCUUCAUCUGAAGCUCCUGUGACUCCUGGUUCAAGGCUUGGAUGGAAGUCUUCAAGGGUUUCUUAUGAGAGCUCUGAAAAUCGGGGAGGAUCUAAGCCUGGAUCAGCAGAAAAUGAAGCUUCAAAACCAAUUUCAGAACCAAAUAGAUCCUUGGAUGAGGAAAUUGUGACCUCAUCUUCAAGAGUACAACCUUCCAGCUCUCUUCCUAAUACAGGUAUACAAGACAGUGACCCUCCAUCUAAGCAGAAAGCAGAUCACGUUCAUCCAAAGUUACCUGAUUACGAUUCCUUUGCUGCCCAUUUCAUGUCUCUUAAGAAAGGCCGUCCUUGAAUUUCGCUGGCUUUCAUCUAGCAACAUAGCUCCUCGUACAUGUUUUUUGAUGGUUGAAUUUUUUUAUAGCCUAUAUCAUUACAUAUAGAUAUAUGAUUUUAGAUUCAAAAUACGUGAGGAAUAAAGAUGUUGCAUGUAUUUUUUGUGUAAAUUGAGUCAGAGUAUAGGUUUAACUAUCUAUUAUUUUUGUACAUCUCUAUUUCAGUUUCAGGACUGCUAUAAAUGAUUGAAUAUUCAAUUGCUUUUUAUGUCCAUUCAUACAUUUCAUAAGAAUUAGUUAUAUCCUAGUAUUUGUAUUGGAGAAGUCA